AUGGCCCGCUCCCGCGCGGCGGCCGCCGCCGCCGCCGCCGCCCUGCUGCUCCUGCUCGCGUCAGCAGCCGCGCAGAUGGGCGACGAUGUCAUGCCCCGCCCGCCAAACGGCCCGCCGGUCGCAGCGAGCGGCCUCGGCCCCCAGGCGUCCUCCUACAUAGUGGUGAUGAACGACAACCCGCCCGUCGUCGCCGCAGACGACUCAGUCGCCACCGCCUACAAGCUCGCGCGCCCGCGCCGCGCCGCCGCCGCCGGCGUCUCGGCAACCGCGGAGGUACCCUCCGACGUCCGCGCCGCGGCCGCGGCCGAGGUCGAUGCCUACGAGGCGCACCUGCGCGCGCUGCAGUCCGACGCGCUCUCGAGCGUCGCCCCGGCCUCCGCCUCCGUCCCCGCCGCGGCGGCGGCGUCGGAGGGCCCGAGGCUGGUGCAGCACUACACGUACGCGCUCAACGGCUUCCACGCCGCCGGCCUCUCAGAGGACCAGGCCGCGGCCCUCCGCGCGCGCCCCGGCGUGCAGUCCGUGACGCGCGCCGGCUGGCGCUACCCCGACACGUUCACCACGCCCAGCUUCCUCGGGCUCAACGGCACUGGGGAGCUUUGGGAACACGAGUUCGGUAGCCCCCAGGCCGCUGCAAGGCAGAUCCUCAUCGGCAUCGUCGACACGGGCAUCACUCCCACUGCCCAGUCCUUCGCCCCUGACAGCACCCGCAGCCCCGAUCAGUUCCCAACAGUCGGCUCCGGCACCGGCGCGUGCGGCAUCCAGGGCACGUGCACCGCCGGCAAGCUCCUGGGCUGCCGGUUCUUCGAGCAGGGCAUUGACGCGGCGCGCGUGGCCGAGUACCCGGACUUUGAGCGCAUCCAAGAGGACAUCUCCACCUGCAUCGACCACGAGGGCCACGGGACCCACACCGCCAGCACCGCCGGCGGCGACUACAACGCGCUGCCCAGCGGCAACGGCCUCUACAACCUGCAGUCAGGCAUGAGCGGCAUGGCGCCCGGCGCGGCCGUCGUUAGCUACAAGGUGCUUUGGCAGUACAAGGACCCCAAGUUGGGCGGCAAGAAGGCCACCGGCUACGACACUGACAUCAUCGCCGCCUUGGAGCAGGCUGUCAAGGACGGCGUUGACGUCAUCAACUACUCUGUGGGCAGCAGCGCCGCGGACCACGGCGCCGUCGACCCCCUCUGGGAGGCGUUCAAGGGCGUCGCGGCCGCCGGCGUCUUCGUCUCCGCGUCCGCCGGCAACUCUGGGCCGGGACCGAGCAGCAUGGGGUCCAACGGGGAGCCCUGGGUCACCACGAUCGCGGCCGGCACCCACCCGCGUAAGAUGUUUGCUGAGAUGACGCUGUCCAACGCCAACGCCAAGAGCUCCUCCACGGCGCGCGUCACGCCGGCCUCUAACCUUGUCGCGUUGCCGCCGACGCCGCUGUACCUUGGGACCUCCGACGCCGCGCGGCUCUGCGCGCCUGGGUCGCUCGACCCGGCCGAGGUUAAGGGCAAGGUUGUGAUCUGCGUCCGAGGGACGUACUUCAUGUACCAGAAGGGCGACGAGGUCACGCGGGCGGGCGGCGUCGGCAUCAUCAUUGCCAACGCACCCGACGGCGCCAAGGAUCUUGCCCGCUUUAGCGCCGAGGUCCCCGGCAUCCUGUUGGACGCGGACGCAGGCGCGCAGCUCAUCUCCGCCUACAAGUCCAGCCCGCAGUCCCUCCUGGCCUCCUUCUCCGCCCAGACCGUCGACCCCAAGACGGCCGAGGCGCCCGUUGUCGCCGGCUUCUCCUCCCGCGGGCCGGUGAUUACAGACGGGGCUGUGAUGCUCAAGCCCGACAUCAUGGCUCCCGGCGUGGAGAUCUUCGCCGCCGUGCCCGGCAAGCGCGGGGGCACCUACAUGCAGGGCACCAGCAUGAGCGCGCCCCACGUCGCUGGCAUCGCCGCGCUCAUCAUGGCGCGCCGCCCCAGCUGGUCGCCCGCCGCCGUCAAGAGUGCCAUCAUGACGACGGCCAGCCAGACCACCAACCGCGGCAACCCGAUCAAGGGGACGCCCUUUGAUUUUGGGGCUGGCCAGGUUGAGCCCACCAAGGCCCUGAACCCCGGGCUGGUGUACGAUGCCGGGCUGGUCGACUUCAACAGGUACACAUGCGCCACCCUUGACGUCAAGGCCUGGCCCAAGGACCGCGACUUCACGACACCUUCCUACUGCGCCUCCGCCUGCAAGGGCGGCAAGUGCGCCUGGCCCCAGGCCGCGCGCGACUUCAACUCCCCCUCCUUUGCGCUGCCCGGCCUCGCCGCCGGCCAGACUGUCACAGCCAGGCGUGUCGUGACGUUCGUCGGCACCAUCCCAGAGGGCGCCGCCACCCUCGGCUUCACGCCGGUGAUCGACCUGCCCGCGGGCUUCAAGGCCAAGAUAAUCCCGGAUCGGAAGUCCGCUGGCGGCUCGCUGCAGCGCCAGCGGCGCGGGGCUGCGGCGUCGGCCGGCAGCAUCGCGUUCACGGCCGCGCAGGAGGUUGGGGGGUUCACGCUGUCCAUCACCGUCCCCAAGAGCGCGCCCGCGGGCUGGAGCUUUGGUAGCCUGACUUGGCAGGCCGAUGGCGGGCGCUACACAGUCCGCAGCCCCAUUGCAAUCGAGCGCGUGUGA